CAGACGUAAAAUGAUGGGAGUUGGGCUAUUUUUUUUCUUCUCGUGUGGAAGUGCAGUAUUGGCAGCGAAUGAAAUUUCUGAUCCGAAAGAUGCAAUUUUCAUUCCGCUUAAGGUUUAUCAGUGUGACAACUUUACACCAGUUGUCCCAUUGGAUGUAAAUCUUCAUGAUGAUGGGGUGGAUGUAGAAUUUGAGUUGGAAGAAGAGUUUACCGAUCUGUACCAGGCUACUGUCCGUAUAAGCGUCUGGGAAGAUGGAGCUUGGAAAAUAACUAAUAACGAUGGCCGUCCCGGAGUUUGUGAGACAUUGUCCAAGUCAUUUGGAAAAGCAUGGAGUAGAGCAAGAGCAGGUUUUACCCCAGCCAUGCCAGGAACUUGCUCAAUAAAACCAGGACAUUAUAAGAUUACUAAUUUUAAAAUGUCAAAUGAGGAUGUCGAUCUGCCUAUAACGAAUACAGGAAAAUAUCAAGCUAAGAUUGUCAUUUCUGAUGAAUAUGACACUGAAAUAACUUGUGUUAUGGUUGAUGUUGAGAUCGCUAAGAAAUAAUAAUUAAUUGUUUUUAAAUUGUUAAAAAUAAAGGGAAU